AUGGGACGAACACUUACCUAUCCCAAGCGGGUAUCCAAUACCGCCAACAGAUAUAAGCAUCGCGCCACCUAUGACCUGGGGCCUAUUCACUCCAUCAUCAACGGCUCUCAGGUCCUUCAUGUCUCCUUCAAUCCAGGGCCCGAGGACCCUUUCCCGGCCAUCCUUCCUAUGAUCGGCCAGAUGGGAUCCUACGAGUUCCCGUCUGCGAGUAUUGACGAGCCACUGGACUGCUACCUCCACGGCUACGUCAGCUCGCGCAUCAUGAAUUUGGCCCGUAACUGCGAGGAUGAAGGCCUGCCCAUCUGCGUGGCUACCAGCAAAGUCGACGGCCUGAUUCUGUCUCUUACCCCCAACUCGCACAGCUACAACUACCGCUCGGCCAUCCUACACGGAUAUGCGAAGUUGGUCACCGACGAGGAGGAGAAGCUGUGGGCUAUGAAGCUCAUCACCAACUCCGUCCUUACCGACCGCUGGGAUAACUCUCGUGUACCUCCAGACCGUGCAGAGAUGCAAUCAACGGUCAUUCUGAAGGUCAAGAUCGUGGAUGGCAGUGGCAAGAUCCGUGAUGGCGGUGUCUCGGAUGAGCGAAAAGACUAUGGCAACGAGGAGAUUACGAAUCGUAUCUGGACGGGUGUAGUCCCCGUCUGGGAGACGUUUGGACAGCCCGUUCCUAGCGGUGAUGGCAAGCUAGGCGAGGUUCCGGAGCACAUCACCUCGUUUAUUGCUAAGAAGAACGCGGAGAACCGGGCGUUAGCAGAGUCCGCGAUCAAAGUGACUCUUCCUGCCGAGGAGCAGCACUGA